GUUCGUGGCAACUGGCAAGCGCGGUCCUAUAUUAUCCCUUCCGUCUCCCAGCGCCCGCUCAGCUCGCCCACCAUGUCUACGACUCCUGAUGCUCUUCUAGUAGUUGGAUUACCCUCGAAGGAUGCCGAAGCACUGCAGGAUGCGGCUCGGAGAACAUCCGAUGACCCUUUGUACACCGAAGAGGGUCACGAUCUGUCGUCGUGCUCCAAAUCUCCUCAAACAGAACCCGCGAACGUUGUAGACCCGCCUCGGACGGCAAUGUGGCUCUUCAUUUUUGGCUGGAUUUGUCCCUUCUUAUGGAUGGCGGGCACAGUCAUGUACUUUAUGGAACGCAUGUCGCCUGUGGUCACCAUGAACCUGACGAUGGGAUCAUCGGAUGCUGCUAUGGGAGGUUCGUAUGUCGUAUCGCUCUCCAAGGACCAGAUCGAGCGACGCGUAAGGCAGCGCCGUUCCGCUCUCAAGUGGGGUCUCGGAAGCGUGUGCAUGUUAUCCAUUGAGGUGCUCGUCGCAAUAGCAAUGGUUAUCAUGAUCGGGGUCGAGACCAAUGGCAGGUUUGAGUAUUACUAGCUUGGUGCUCAACUGUGUAUUCUUUGGACCCUCCACAGAUACUACGAGGGAUAUCGAAUUCUUCCAGCAUGUACUUUACAUGGAUAUGGACCUUGACGUUCAAUGGACUACUCACGAAAAUAUAUGACAUUCAUACUCUAUUUUCUAAUGGAUGAUUCCCGAAC